GCUGCGGCAAGCGUGAUGCAUUCCCACCACGAUUUCGCCACCAGCACCAGCACCACCAGCACCAGCCUCAGUAACACAUCUCAGUGUGUCUCAGUGCCGCCAGCCGACAUUGCCACCAGUUUCAGUGCCCCCUCCACUUCACAACCUCACUCCUCGCACCCGUCACAACCUUGCCACCCCACCGUUGGUUGCUCACGUGCACUUACCCGCCCGCGCGUCGCCUUCGCCCUAUAGCAAGGACCAAAUUUCACCACGAACCUCUGCCGAACCGAUAUUUCAGCAACCUACUCACUGAAAUUCUUCUUCAAGGCUUCGUUCCCUCUCCAUCGUUUGCACGUCCGGCAAGCCCUCUUAUUUGCCGUAACUCAGCCCUUCUGGACCUCACAGACCCCUGAUUUCCCCACCGUCCUCAGAUCAGGCACAUCCUUGGAACCUCAUCCCAGCAAACAUGUCCUUGGAAGACCUUAUUCCGGUGGUGAACAAGUUGCAAGACAUUGUCACCACCACCCAGUUGGCCGACUUGGACCUCCCCAUCUUGGCAGUCGUGGGAUCCCAAUCGUGUGGUAAAUCCUCGGUGUUGGAGAACAUUGUUGGCAAAGACUUUUUGCCUCGAGGAACCGGCAUCGUGACUAGAAGACCAUUGGUCUUGCAGCUCAUCAACCUCCUGCUGGAUGACAGUCUCAUCACGAACGGUGGCCCCGAUAGCGACGGUUCGUCCCAACUCAAUGGCUCCUCCAACCUCAAAAGAAGCAACAACCAGCACUUCUCCCAAAACUCCUCCAGCUCCUCUUCGGACGAGCAAGAAGUCAACUUGGAAGAACACUUGAGAAAACACGCUAAUGGUGGCAAGUACGAGCCCCCUUCGGAAUGGGGAGAGUUCUUGCAUAUUCCUGGCAAGAGAUUUUACAACUUCCAUGACAUUAGAAGAGAAAUUGAAAAUGAGACCGCAAGAAUAGCUGGUCAAAAUAAGGGAAUCAGUCGAUUGCCAAUCAACUUGAAAAUCUUUUCCACUAGGGUGUUAAACUUGACCUUGGUGGAUUUACCAGGGCUUACCAAAAUCCCUAUUGGGGAUCAACCAACUGAUAUCGAGAGACAAACUAGAAACUUGAUCUUAGAGUAUAUUUCCAAGCCAAAUUGUAUUGUCUUGGCUGUCUCCCCAGCCAACGUUGAUUUGGUCAACUCCGAGUCCUUAAAAUUAGCUAGACAAGUGGAUCCAACGGGUAAGAGGACUGUGGGAAUCUUGUCCAAAUUGGAUUUGAUGGACCAAGGUACCAACGCCUUGGAUAUUUUAAAGGGUAAUGUCUACCCAUUGAAAUUGGGAUUUAUUGGUAUCGUCAAUAGAUCCCAACAGGAUAUUUCGGAAAACAAAUCUUUGGAGGAUUCUUUAUUUGCAGAGCAACAAUUCUUCAUGAACCACCCUGCUUAUAGAACCAUGUCGAACAAGUGUGGUACUCGUUACUUAGCUCAAACCUUGAACAAGAUUUUAAUGAACCACAUCAGAGACAGAUUGCCAGAUAUCAAAGCAAAAUUGAACACUCUUAUGGGUCAAGCUGAACAAGAAUUAGCCAAUUAUGGAGAUAUCCCAUCAACUUUGACGGACUCCAAGGAAGCCAGAGGUGCUAUGGUUUUGACUUUGAUGACAAAGUUCGCAAACAGCUUUGUUACAUCCAUUGAAGGUACAUCUUUGAAUGAGCUCUCAACAAAAGAAUUAUGUGGUGGUGCCAGGAUCUACUACAUUUACAAUGAAGUUUAUGGCUCACAAUUGGCUGCCAUUAAUCCUACCCACAACUUAUCCAUCCACGAUAUCCGUACUGCGAUCAGAAACUCCACAGGACCAAGACCAUCAUUAUUUGUUCCUGAAUUAGCAUUCGAUUUGUUGGUUAAACCUCAAAUCAAGUUAUUAGAAGAACCAAGUCAUAGAUGUGUUGAAUUAGUCUACGAAGAGCUUAUGAAAAUCGUCCACAAUGUUUGCUCCUCUAACAUUGGAGUUGAGUUGAACAGAUACCCUAAGUUGCAAAGCAAGUUGAUUGAAGUGGUAAGUGAUUUGUUAAGAGAAAGAUUGGGCCCUACUAUCAAGUAUGUGGAGUCCUUGAUUGAGAUACAUAAGGCUUACAUCAACACUAACCACCCAAACUUCGUGGGUGCUGCGAAGGCCAUGAGUAUUGUUGUCGAAGAACGUCAAAGGCAAAAAGAACUUGAACUGAGAAGCAGAUUGAGAUUAGCAAGCGAGCGUAUCUUGAACAAAAAGUCGGACACUGCAAUUGAAGAAGAGCAAGAAGACCAACCCUCCACUAAAAGCCCUGACGAGGAUAUCAACUCGGUUGAUGAUGAAAUAAAGCCACCAAAGCAAAGAAGAAGUGAUUCAAACAGAACCACAUAUUCUAUCAAGUCAGAAUCGACCCCUAACCUUCCUACAUCCCAACAUCCAGCACAACAUGAAUCAUACUUGAACUACUUCUUUGGCAAGGAUCCUAUUAUUCAUCAACAGCAAUUGCAGGCUCAAGCUCAAUUGAAUCCAACUCCUUUCAAGUUCCCACACCACCAAGAAGGUACCCUUCAAUUUAACAGCAACUUUGUGAACAAUGGUGUUAUCAACAACUCUCAGCCAAACUUGGAUCAUUUCAAGAGUUUGAGCGUUAGUAGUCAAACUCCCGACGAUGCUUCUUUUGAAAGUGACGAUACCAUCAAUGAGUUGAGUGAACGAGAACAACUUGAAUGUGAAUUGAUCAGAAGAUUGAUUGUAUCAUACUUUGGUAUUGUGAGAGAAAUGAUCCAAGAUCAGGUUCCAAAGUCUAUUAUGUGCUUAUUGGUCAAUUACAUUAAGCAACAUAUUCAAAACCGUUUAGUGGUGAAGCUCUAUAAUGAAUCAUUAUUUGAUGAAUUGCUAAUGGAGGACGAAGGAAUUCAGGCUGAGCGUGAAAAGUGCAUUGAAUUAUUGAAGACUUACCGUGAAGCUUCAAGAAUCAUUAGUGAUGUAGUUUAGUCAUCUUCUGCUACCAACAUACCAACUUAGGAAACUAAUAUAAUGUCUAUAGUAAAAAUAUUUAUUGUCUUGUAUUAUCUAUUGGGUGAUGUGAUGACUCAAUAUUC